AUGAGUGUGAUAGGAACUGUUAUAGACAGGACCGGGAAAACGGGGGUAACGUUUCCCAUACUACCAGAAUACGGCAGCACUAUGCAGGCCUUUUUGCUGCGCAUCCAGCGCCGGUAUACCCAGAUGGGAUUGGUGCCGCGCGAGUGGGGAAACGCACGUAUUGACCACCUUGUGGGCCCGGCUCUAACGUAUUGGAUGUAUCUACGGCGAACUAUCGAUCCUAGCGACUGGGCAACAGUACAGCGCAGGCUUUUGGAGCGCUUCGACAAAACAAUGUCGCAGAGUCAAUUGUUGACUGAGUUGGCUAAUGCGCGGUGGAAUGGUAACCCGAAGGCACACACGGACCGGUCUGCGGCUGUAGAGGAGAGUGGUUUGGGUGUCGCCCCUGAUGAACUCGCUGACUACUACUGCACCGGGCUAAAGACGGCCCUCCAUCUUCUAAUCACCAAUAACGGGCAGGUGAAGUAUCGGUCGUGGGGACAAGCGGCGACAGCCGCAGCACGCCUCUACGAGCCCAAGCAGAGCGUGCUGGAGCUCCGAGAAAGGACCAGUCGAGCCAUCAGGGCUGCAAUCCAAGCUGAUGGACCCCGUCGGCGCCAGGAAAUCGAAUAUCGCCCUGGGGGAACCCACGCAAACUGCUAUGAGUGCCCCAGUGCCAUUCCAGUCUCCCUUGAGUGGGGAAACCAACUCCGCAACACUGCGGAAGGAACUAAUACGAGCGAUGGGCACGCGGAAGGGACUCAGCCUCUUUGGAAAACGCAGUUGGAGUCUGGGUCAGCGUCGAUCCCGUGUAAAGAGGCUCCCGGCGCGACGAUGGCUAGCAGCAGGAAGUCUGCAGAGGCAACAGAAGACGGCUACAGAUCAGACGCAACAGAGCUUGCGCCACACUGGUGGCAGGAAACUUGCGCGAAAGAGCCUCAAGACACGGGGGGAGCAUUGUGCUAUGUGGCUGCGAUGGCGGUGCUUCGCAACGAGCUAGCAGGGAGUCCAUGUGAGGCUCUCUUGGAGACUGGGGCUUCGAGAAGUUUCAUUAGUCCCAAAACAGUUGAACGACUGCAGCUCAAGGUGCGGAGACUUCCAGAAGAGCAUAGGCUCACCGAAGCUACAGGUGAAUAA